CAGCAAGAACUGCCCCGCAGGUAAAGGCUGUUGCUGGGACCCACACGUGGAAGGAGAGAAAGAAAGAACUCCCACAGUGUCUUCUGACCUCCACCUAUGCACAAAAUGAUUGUGAUACAAACACCACCACCAAAGCAUGAGAAGCAGACUUUGAAUCUCCGGCACCACUGAUCAAGCUCCCCAUGGCUCAGCAGUGCUUCCACAGUGAAUAUUUUGACAGUCUGCUGCAUGCUUGCAAACCUUGCCACCUCCGGUGUUCCAACCCUCCUGUGCCCUGUCAGCUUUACUGCAACCCAAGUGUGACCGGCUCAAUGAAAGGAACACACAUUGUUCUCUGGACCUUCUUGGGCUUGACCUUGAUCGUCUCUUUGGCACUUUUCACACUCAUGUUCUUGCUGAGGAAGAUGAACUCUGAAGCACUGAAGGGCAAACUUCAAAGCUCAGGAUCCAUUCUGCUGGACAAGGCCAGUACUGACCUGAGGAAGAGCAGGGCUGAUGAUGUAAGGAUUCUUCCCGGAAGCCUGGCGUACACAGUGGAAGAAUGUACCUGCGAGGACUGUGUCAAGAGCAACCCCAAGGUUGAUUCUGACCAUUUCUUCCCACUUCCAGCCAUGGAGGAGGGUGCAACCAUUCUUGUUACCACAAAAACGAGUGACUAUGGCAAGAGUGUGCCAACUGCUUUGGAAAGUGUCCCAGGGAUGGAGAAACCAAUUCUUUGUAGAGAAUGAACCUCUGUCUGGUAUACAGACACUUGGAGAACCUUUGCCAGAGGGAGAGCUGAUGCUUUUGAUGUCUUUAGGAUGACUUUAUCAGCUGGGAAUAUAGCUUUUGUCCUUUAAUUCUGAAAA